AGCUUGAAACCGUAAAGGAAGAAGGGGGCGUGUCGCUAUGCGUUAGCCCGCCUGCUAACCGAGAGCUAAAGUUAUACUUUCACUUUGUGACGCUCAGGAGUACCCUUGCUGGGACAAGCAGAGCUUCCUGGAAAACGAAACAAGAAGCCGUCGUUGCCGCCUCCGACACUGUUUACAUCGCAGAUGUAGGUAUUUAACCCCUUUCGGUGGCGAUAUUGCCAACUCGUAGCCGGUGGCGUGCAAAAGUUUUGCUAGCCGUCAAACCCUUCAAACACGCAGGUAGCGUCGUUUCACCAACUAGCUUUAGCGGCUAGCGCCCGCUAGCAUGGACGACGACGGUGGCGGCGUCGGCGGCGGUGGACACACGUAUAAUGAGGAGAGGGGAGCGGAGAAAAUGAUGGAUGACUACCUAAAAUCAUUAGGUUUGCAUCGGAAGAAGAUAGCCAAAGAUGGUUCGUGCUUGUUUCGAGCUGUCGCCGAGCAGGUGCUGCAUUGCCAAAGCCUUCAUACUGACGUUCGUGCCAAAUGCGUGGAGUUUCUGAAGCAGAACAGAGACAGCUACGAGGCGUUUAUUGAAGGUGACUUCGAGGAUUACCUGUGCAAGCUUCAGGACCCUCAGCAAUGGGUGGGAGAAGUGGAGAUCAGCGCGUUGGCUGUCAUGUACAAGAGGGAUUUUCUGAUCUACCAGGAGCCUGGAAGACCACCCGUCAACAUCACAGACAACAACUUCAAGGAGAAGGUGCAGUUGUGUUUUCUGAAUGGGAAUCACUACGACAGCAUUUAUCCCAUCAGCCACAUUAAGAACGCUGCUCUCUGCCAGUCCAUCCUGUACGAGGUGCUGUAUAACAGUGUGUUUAAGGUGGACCGGAGCUCUCUGGGCGUGUGUCAGCGGAUCGGCCGGCCCAACGACCUCCUGAGCGACGACAGCAUGGCCGCCUGCAACAGCAGUGACGAGUCCGACUUGGACGCAGUCGAGGCGAUAUGGGUGGAAAAUGGAACAAGCACUUCUUCUUCUACAAGACACAACAACCAGAGCCAAAGGGGCCGUGGGCGUGGUCGCCAAUUGCCCGAGAGGGUGAGACGUUCACUGAACCCGACUCUGUUCAGAAACGUAGAGUACGACGUCUGGCACAAGACGAAGAGAGCUCAACAGAAGAUGGACUACUGCAUCGCUGCUGGGAUGCAGUACACUGUAGGAGACCGCUGCCAGGUUCGGCUCGAGGGCAGUGGACGGAGCUAUAACGCAACCAUCAAGGAAGUGCCUCCCAACAACAACCGGGUGAUAGUUUACAUAGAAGAACUGGGCAAGAAAAAUGUCUCCCUGUGGAGGGUGCGUCCUCCCAGCGAAGAGAGCAGUUGGAGCAUUGUGGUCAACAAGGACAAGAGGCUCAGCAACGGAUAUGGAGACUGGGAGGAGAGGGGUAAAGGCCGUGGCAGGGGGAAGCCCGUCCCGCCAGCCUCCUCUGUUUCCCAGGCUACAGCACCGGGCUCCAGUGGGCGUGUGCAGAAGCAGCACUCGUGGCCCCCACAGGCCACCGUAGAGGAGCAGGGAGGGGCAAAACCCAGCAGGAAGUCUAUGAGCACGGCGGAGUCACCGUUGUUCGGUCUGACAGAGGAGGAGCGUUUGGCCAAGGAGGAGGAGGAGAGGAACGUGGCGUUGGUGGAGAUCCAGCUCAGAGACGAACACAGCUUCCCAGCCCUCGGGACUGGGACGCAGGGCGAUGGAGGGAGGAGGAAGGGAGGAGAGAAGAGAAGAUCCCAAAGAAACAAGACGAAGAGUCCAGUCGAAGACGUCACAGCAGCGUCUCCCCCUGCUGGUGAAAGACCCAAAUCCCCACCACCACCACUCGCAACCACCACUGCUGCUACUGCGCCUACUACAAAUACUACUACACCCACCAGCCCCACCCUUCCUGCCGCAAAACCUGCUGCUGCUCCGUCUGCAAACUCUGACUCCGGUCCAGCAUGGCUGAGCUCGCUCAAGGCUUCGACGCCCAACAUAAGCACGGCCACCGCAGCAUCAGGCUCCGCUUCCAGCCUCACGCCCGCCUGUGCUGCCCCGACCGCUAAAACAAACCCACAGUCUUAUGCCUCAGCUGCCGGAGCUGCAUCGAGUUCUCCUCCUCCUCCUGCUGCCGCCCCACACACUAAACCCUCUGUGACGGGUGGUGCUCUACCUCACUCCGUCCCGUCCUCCACCACUGUCUUCCCCCUCCUCACCCCUGUUCUACCCGCUGCUUCAUCACCCCCAACUCCACCUGCCCUCUCCUCUUCUUCUCCUCCCCCUUCCUCUUCCCCUAAACUCCCCACCUCCUCUUCUUCCUCACUUCCUCCUAAAUCGUCUGCCUCCCCUCCCCCUCCCUCUUCAGUACCACCUCCCACUUUCAUCGCUCCCAUUGCUCCCUCUCCUGUCGCUGCUCAGGGCUUCCUCCCUCCCUCCUCUCUCCCCCGUUCCUCCCCACCUGUCACCUCUCUCCCCCACUCCCCCAGUCCACCCUCCUCCUGCCCCUCCCCUAUUAUCCAUCAUGCUGAUCAAGUCCAAGAGGCUUCACCAGGUCCAGGACAAACUCCAAGUUCUUUGCCAAAUUCUGGAGGCUCUGAAACGGCCUCUCAGGCCUUCCAAAGCCAGACUUCUCUGCCCCAGAACCAGAGCCAGAUCCCUGUGUCCCAGACCCCAACCCAGGCCUCAUUGACCCGGGAGGAUCUUCAAACGCAGCCUUCUCCGCCGAAGAUCCAGGCUCAAAGUCAGGCUUCUCUACCCCAAAGCCAAAUCACCAUGCCCCAGAUGCAGACAGAGGCCCGGUCCUCUCUUAUCCACCUCCAGCAUCAACCUCAGUCCCUCACUGAAGUGCCUCUCUCUCUGCCUCAGGACCAGUACCCCCCGCAGUCCCAGUCUGAGAUGGUCCAAGUUCAGUCCUCCCACCCACCUCCAGCAGCUUCCUACCCCAACACCUCCCAGGCCUCAGUCCCUGCCUCUGCCCCUGUUCAGCCCCAGCCAUCAGUCACUCAUGCUCACCUCCACAGCCAGCAGGCUCAGCCUCCUCACCCCUCCCAACUCCCACAUCCCUCCCUCUCUGUCUCCGCCUCCCCGACCCACGCCUCUCUCCAAACCCAGACCCCAAAUGUCCAGAAUCAAACAGAAGCCCCACACGCUCCAGCUCAGCACCUUCAUCCUCAACCCGAGUCCCCGGCUCAUCCUCCCUCCCAGCAGUCACACCCUCCUCACCACUCUCAUCAGCCCCAGUUACUCUCUGCACAUCCUCCUCCUCCACCUCACCCCCAAUCCAUCCCAGGAGCUGUUCCUCUGCAGAUGCUGUCCCAGCUCUACCAGGACCCCCUGUACCCUGGUUUCCCCCAGGGAGAGAAGGGCGACAUGGCCCUGACUCCACCCUACUCCUCCAGCAGGUCAGGGGACGACCUGCCCCAAGAUGUCAGCAUCUUGAGGUUUUUCUUCAACCUGGGCAUCAAGGCAUACUCCAUGCCCAUGUUCCCCCCCUACAUCUACCUCCUCCCCCUGCAACAGGCCCACACCAUGCACCCCAAGGUCCCCUCCCGCUCCCCCUCCCCUACGCCCCACUUCCCUCCCUCCAACGCCCCCACCAUGCACCAGGAGGUGUACCCUCAGUACCCUCCGACUUCAACGUCAGUGCUGCCUCAGUAUGACCACCAAGCCCCAGUCACUGAACUACCCCGUCCCAGCGAACCCUCCUUCAACCAGGCCGGGUACCCCAUCACCCAGCCUUCGCCCCACAGGAUGCCCCCGCCCUCGCUGCCAUGGCAACAGCACCAGAUGCCCCCACCCAGAAACUCCAGCUACCCGGUUGGGUAUCCCCCACCAACUCCAACAUACCCAAUUCCCCCUCCUUCAUCUAAAGGGUACCACCCAGGUCAGGGCCAAGGACAUCUGCUGUACCCCCCAACCAUGCCUCCGUACCCCCCAUCCUCUCUAGGAUACCAGUCUUCACCCGCCCCUGAAGAGCUCCAUGUGAGUCAGGGGGCGAUCGAGCGACUUCAGCCGGCCAACGGAGAGACAAUGUCUUCACACAGGCCCGGACGAGUGCCUGGUCCAAUGGAGGGUCCUGCUGCUGCUAAUGUGGCUAAUGCUAACAACAGCAGAACCAUGAUGGUUCCUGGUGUAAAAAGUUUUGCACCGAAGAAGGAGCAGGGGGAGAGUUUGGCCAGAGUGGUGCUGCUGGUGGACCCGCCGAUAGUCACCAAUGUCCCUGUCUCCAUGACGACCAUGAAGCCCAGCAGCACCACAGGCUCUCCAUCAACUCAUGGCAUCAUCUCCGGCGACGGCGGCGCCUCCCAUGUCUACCGGGUCCACCAAAAACCACUGCACCUCAACAAAACGUACAUCAAAGUGGGAGCGCCAGAGCCCGGCAAGGGGGGCUACCUGCCGAACAUUUCCGUGGCAGAGGCCCUGUCCGUGGGCUGCAGCACAGAGGACAACUGGGAUGAGAUGGAGGGAUUCAAACCGGGAACCCUGAGCUUCAGAGGGCAGAGGAGGAGCCUCAGAGGAGGAGGGAGAGGGAGGGGGGUACACAGAAGGCGUGGAGGAGAGGCAGGGGCGGGGUUUAACCAUGGCCAGUUUGGCCCCUCCCACAGAGGGCAGCGAUGGUAAAAAGGCUACAAGCUGCCUGACAAUGAAUGGAGUUGGACACAAAGUGUCUUCUUUUUUUCGCCUGAGGUUGUUUGGUUUCAACACGUUCGUAAUCGCACUUUUUUUUUCUUUCUCGUCGCCACCUGGAGAUGGGGUUGGUGGAUCGGUCGGUCGUAAAAUAUCAGUCGACUCUGUAAACGCCUCGUUGACACGUCGUCUUCUGCUUUACGCUCUGGGUCGGAAGAAAAAAAUCAUAACCCCCAUUCAUGUGCUCCACUGCAUCAGAGUCCUCCAGCUCAUUGUAGAAACGUAAACACUAUCAAGGUCAUUAUAAUCUAGCAAAUUAGCAUAGCAUGUUAGCAAGCGCAAGUUAAGACAUCAUUUUACAUUUCUCGACACUUGGAGACAUGGCUUUAAAGAAUGUAAGGGUGUGUUUUGAGUAGGGCUGCAACAAAUAAUUAUUAUCGCUCAAUCAGUCCGUUUUUUCCUCGAUUAAUCGGUAAGUCAUUUAGUCGAGAAAAUGUCGCAAAAUUGUGAAAAAUAUCUUUUGUCCAAAAACAGUCAAAAACCUCGUUAUUGAGUUUACCAUCUUAGAGGACUAAAGUAACCAGAAAAUUUUUACAAAUUUUCAUAUAAAAACGAUUAAUCAACUGUCAAAAUAGCUGCCGAUUAUUUUUCGGUCACUCGGCUCAUCGUUGCCUAGAAUUUGAUGGGACAUCUCGUCGCAUUUUUCUUCAAAGGAGUAGUUUUGACAUUUUUGGGAAAUUUUCACAAUUCUGCCGAGGGUCGAUCCCACUCUCGCCUGUACGGUAAAUACGAUCCUGCAGCUAGCAGCCAGUUAGCUUCGCUUAGCAUAAAGAUGAAAAACGGAGGGAAGAAACAGCCCAGGCAAGAAAUAAUCUGGCACAAAACCACGAAUUGUCGUUAUUACGCUUUAAUUUUUGUACGGAUUAAACAAACAGCUAGUAGCUGGUUAGCAUAGUUUAGCACAUCUGUUAGCACCGCGGGCUUAAAAUGAAACCAUUUUAAGAGGCUUAAAGCAACAAAAAAUCGGAUUAAAUCUGAUUUGAGAACAGGUUUAAGGGUUGUAUUGCUGCUAUUGUAUUGCUACAGCAAUCAAACUGUGUGAGUGGACUUGGUUUAGAUUUUUAUUUUUUAACUUUGUGUUGUUACUGCUGGUUUCUUGUCCCUUCCCUCUGUGUAGUUUUCAUGUUGGUAUGUUCUUCUUUCUGUGUUAGUUUUUCUACUGAUCGGCUCCAGACUCCGUAGAUAUUCAGUGCCUUAUGUUUUCUAAUUUUACCGUCUUAUGUCUUUUUCUUCUGAGUUUAAGGAACACUGCUGUACAGAAAAAAGGCUGUUGUUGUCUGUGUGACUGAAUUAAUAAAAAUUUCGGUUCA